AUGCCGACAUCGUACCUGGUAGCAGGAGCCUCUCGGGGCAUCGGCUUGGAAUUCGUUCGACAGUUGGCGCAGCAGGAUGAAAAUGUCGUGUAUGGCACUGUGCGCAAUCUGCAAAAGGCGGCCAGCUUGACGGGGCAGCAGGAGCUCAAAAGGGCAAAGUGGUUGCAGCUGGACACCAACGAGCAGAGUCAAGUGGACCAGGCGGCCAAGCAAGUGGAUGAGCUGGUGCGUUGCCUUGUCUUGCCUUGCCUUGCCUUGCCUUGCCUUGCCUUGCGUUUCGAUUCGAUUCGUUCGCGCGCCCACGCUCACGCUCACGCUCUGCGCAUCCACAUGCAGGACGUUCUGAUCGUCAAUGCGGCCAUCGGUGGGGAAGAUUUGGAUCUGAUGGACACGCAACCAUCGCUGCUCUCGCAGUAUCUCGAGAACAACGUCGUAGGCCCUCAUCGCAUCAUUCUCGCCUUUCUAGAUGCGCUGCAAAGGGGAAAGCAAAAGAAGAUUAUCCUCAUCAGCUCUCGCAGCGGUAGUCUGGACAUUCAAGCCAACUUGCAGCAAAAGCAUGGAAGCGCAGGUCCGUACGUGAGUUGAGUCAAGAGUUUUGAGUGUUGGCGCGUCACGUGAUUUCUCCCCGCGAUUUCAAAUCAAAAUUCAAUUCCUCCUUCCGCUCAUUUCCUCACACCCCCCGCCCUCCCCGCGCUCGGCAGUCGGUGACCAAAGCGGCCAUCAACAUGUCUGCCAUCCAGCUGGCGCGCGAACUCAAACCCCAAGGCUUCAUCGUCAACCCGCUCUCUCCCGGUUGGGUGAGCACGGAUAUGGGCAACAAGAUUGUCAACGAUAAGGCCAUGCCCGUAGAGCAGAGCGUCGGUGGCAUGCUCAACGUCAUUCGAUCCCUCACCUUGGAAAACAGCGCCACCUUUUACCACUACGACGGCAGCGUUGUCCCUUGGUGA